AUGGCCACCGCCGUCCCCACGGCGGCUCUCCCCACACCGGCCCGCGCCGGGCCGGCGCCGCCCCGUGCUCCACUCCGCGCAGAUCCGCGCUACUUGACACAGCUCCACGCGGCACUAAUCAAGUCCGGGGAGCUCACCGCCUCGCCCAAAUCCUUCCACUCCCUCCUCGAGGCGGCCGCCGCCUCUCCGACGCUGCUCCCCUACGCGGUCAGCCUGUUCCGUUUGGGCCCGCGGCCGCCCCCUUCCACGCCGUGCUACAACGUCCUUAUGCGAGCUUUCCUUCACGCGGGCCACCCGGAGGACGCCCUGCACCUGUUCGUCGAAAUGCUCGGCGCUGCUUCGGCCUGCCCUGACCAGCACACCGUCGCCUGCGUCCUCAAGUCAUGCUCCAGGAUGUGCGCGCUGGAUGUAGGGCGCGGCGUCCAGGCGUACGCCAUCAAGCGUGGGCUCAUGGCCGAUCGGUUCGUUCUGAGCAGCUUGAUUCAUAUGUACGCGAGCUGUAGGGAUGUUUCAGCGGCACGGCUUCUGUUCGAUGCGGUGGAGGAGAAUGGCGUGGUGAUGUGGAACGCAAUCAUCACGGCGUACUUGAAGAACGGAUAUUGGAUGGAGGUGGUGGAGAUGUUUAAGGGCAUGCUUGAGGUUGGUCUGGCCUUUGAUGAAGUCACAUUGGUGAGUGUCGUCACGGCAUGCGGACGAAUAGGUGAUGCGAAGCUUGGGACGUGGGUUGCUGGAUAUGUGGAUGAAAAAGGCCUGGUGAGGAGCCGAAACUUGAUGACUGCACUGAUCGACAUGUAUGCCAAGUGUGGAGAGCUUGGUAAGGCACGGAGGUUGUUCGAUGGGAUGCAGUCCAGGGAUGUGGUUGCUUGGAGCGCAAUGAUCUCAGGUUACACGCAGGCUGAUCAAUGUCGAGAGGCACUUGCUCUUUUCAGUGAGAUGCAGCUUGCUGGAGUUGAGCCGAAUAAUGUGACCAUGGUCAGUGUGCUCUCUGCUUGUGCUGUCCUGGGUGCACUUGAGACAGGAACGUGGGUGCAUUCCUACAUAAGAAGGAAGCGUCUACCUCUCACAAUUAUUCUUGGCACUGCAUUGGUGGACUUCUAUGCAAAGUGUGGAUGCAUUGACGAGGCAGUUGAAGCAUUCGAGUCAAUGCCUGUGAAGAACUCAUGGACAUGGACAGCCUUGAUAAAGGGCAUGGCAACCAAUGGAAGGGGCAGGGAAGCAUUGGAGCUCUUCUCAUCCAUGCGCAAGGCCAGUGUCGAGCCCACCUAUGUGACAUUCAUUGGUGUUCUCAUGGCUUGCAGUCACAGCUGCUUAGUUGAAGAGGGUCGCCGGCAUUUUGAUAGCAUGACUCAGGAUUAUGGCAUUAAGCCAAGAGCUGAGCACUAUGGAUGUAUUGUGGAUCUAUUGGGGCGGGCUGGUUUGGUAGAUGAGGCGUACCAGUUUAUCAGAACCAUGCCCAUCGAGCCAAGCACUGUUAUCUGGAGGGCACUACUGUCUUCCUGCGCAGUUCACAAAAAUGUUGAAAUCGGGGAAGAAGCACUAAAGCAGAUCAUCUCCUUGAACUCCCAUCACAGUGGUGAUUACAUACUUAUGUCAAAUAUAUAUGCAUCAGUGGGACAAUGGAAGGAUGCAGCAAUGAUUCGAAAGGAAAUGAAGGACAGAGGGAUUGAGAAAACUCCAGGUUGUAGUCUCAUUGAGCUGGAUGGGGUUGUCUUCGAGUUCUUUGCUGAAGACAGUGACCACCCCCAAUUGAGGGAGAUAUACCAGAAAGUUGAGGAGAUGAUUGACAGGAUCAAGAUGGCUGGGUAUAUCCCAAAUACAGCUGAUGUGAGGCUAGAAGUUGAUGAGCAUGAGAAGGAAGUAUCUGUUUCCCAUCACAGUGAGAAGCUGGCCAUUGCAUUUGGCCUAAUGAAGUUGGACCCUGGUGCAACAAUUCGCUUAUCGAAGAAUCUAAGAGUGUGCACAGACUGCCACUCAGCCACAAAGUUGAUUUCCAAGGUGUACAAUAGGGAGAUUGUUGUUCGAGACUGGAAUAGAUUUCAUCAUUUCAAGGAUGGUACUUGCUCCUGCAAUGAUUACUGGUGA